CCGUCAAUAGUUCCAACCCAAAUUAACCAACCCACAAACCCCUAUAUAUAUAAACACAUAAUCACCCUAAAAUAUUGUAACAUACACCCUCACCAUCAAACAUGGUGAAACCUGGUGCUGGUGUUGAUCAUUCUUCUAGUGAUCACUCAUCGUCAUCACCAUCAUCAUGUUCCACUAAUAGCAACAAUAAUAAUAGUAGGAAUAGUAGUAAUUGCAAGAUGUACAAAGGUGUGAGGAAGAGAAAAUGGGGCAAAUGGGUUUCCGAAAUUAGGCUUCCCAAUAGCCGUGAGAGAAUAUGGUUGGGCUCUUACGACACCCAAGAGAAAGCUGCUAGGGCCUUCGACGCUGCGCUUUACUGCCUACGUGGCAAAAACGCCGCUUUCAAUUUCCCCGACACACCUCAAACGUUUGAGGACACCAAUGUGGUCGUCGUGUCUCACCAUUCUCGUCUUUCCCCACAAGAGAUUCAAGAGGUUGCUGCCAAGUUCGCAAACAACGUUAACGAUGACCCUCCUCAAGAUCAAGAACCGUCGUUGGAUUUGGAGUCACAACGAAGUGAGAGCACCUUGUUCAAUAACAGUGUUUGUGAGCAAGUGGACCAAGUCCAAGGGGAAUGGGACACCACGUUUUGGAACAUGUUGGAUGACUUGAAUGGUGGGUUCUUGUGCCCCACACAAGCUCCACUGCUUUUUCAGGAUCAAAUUCAAGGUGAUGAUUAUGGUUAUUAUGAUCAUGAUGCUUUUUCUAACCAUUCAUUCCUUUGGAGUUGGAACUUUUGAUGAUUAUUUCACCUAUGACCUCCUCUUGGCCUUUCUAUUAUGAUUUUUUUGUAGCCAUUUAUACAUGGCGGUUAUUAAUUAUAAUAGUUAGGCUAUGAGUGAAUUCACCUUAUAUUAUCAUCCCAUAAAUGUUAUGGAAAGUGGCCCCGUUUUUAUUGCCAUCUUUCUGUUCUGUUGAGUUUAUUAGAGCUAGCUAGUUUUAUUUUUCUUUAAUAUAUCCAUAAGAACCGAAUAUGCUUGUAAAGGAGUUUACAAUACUUGGUGAACUUGUUGAAUCAAAUAAACUAGCUAGUUUAUAUCAUCAUGCGAUAAAUAAAUUUUAUUUUUAUUAGUUUGGAUACAAAAAUUUACAUUAUU